AUGCCCAAGUUCUUUUGCGACUACUGCGAUGUCUACCUCACGCACGACUCCAUGUCGGUGCGCAAGGCCCACAACAGCGGCCGAAACCACCUGCGCAACGUCGUAGACUAUUACCAGCAAAUUGGUCACGAAAAGGCCCAGUCCGUCAUUGACUCGAUUACCUCCUCGUACGCUGCCGAGGGCCAGGCCCAUGCGAACCCGAUGCUUCUUCAGAACCAACCCGGCCAGGGAUUUCCCGCCUUUGGCUUCCCCGGUGGCAUCCCUCCGCCAUUCCCCGGUAUGCCUGGAGCUCCUCCCGGCCAAUUCCCCCAAGGCCUCCCACCACCUCCCGGCGGUCGCGGCAUGCCCUCCAUGCCCCCCUUCCCUCCCGGUCCCAACGGAAUGCCUCCCAUCCCCCCCAACGGCCUCCCCUUUCCUCCACCUGGCGGCCUUCCUUUCCCGCCUCCUGGCGCACCUGGAGGUCCUGGUUUCCCGCCACCAAACUUCGCUGGUAUGCCGGGCAUGCCGGUUCCGCCGCCUGGGCAGCAUUCGUUCCCUCCGCCUGGAUUUCCUGCUGGGGGGCCGCCUGCUCCUGGACAGGAUAGGCGGUGA